CGCGCGAUGGUACGCACGUUUUCUUACGUGUUGCAUACGUUCGGUGUAUCGUGGUGAGAAACUCCGAUGCUCCGUUUUUAGCGAUAUCAUCUCGCCUUGUCGUCGUUAUUCAUCGAGGAGUGACAGCGUGACGGCGUCGCGACGCUCACGCGUUUCCAUCAUUUCCUUUAUUUCGAUUUCUUUCCUUCUCUCCUCUCCCUCGUUGCUUCCGAUCGAAAAAUUGGAUGGUUCGCCAACAAACGUCGAUUAUUGACACACACAGUGCCUGAGACCAUUCCCGGUGGUCCACGCGAUACAGUGACGAUACGCGAAAUAUUGUCACUUCUUGGGGCUGCAACGACGCGUCCUUCCCCUUCUUAUUCUUCUCCACUUUCUCUUCCUCUUCGUCGGCUACGUCGCCUCGGAUUACAUCAUGACAAACACGACACCACCGAAGGCAGCGUGAGUAAUGCCGAGGGAAUCCUGUCCCGGGUUACUGUUGACCCUGGUGUCGAUAUUCGUCGGCCUGUGCGAGUCCUCUGCUGCCCCCGGAGCCGCAACAUCCGGCACUCAGCAACCACAGCCGCAGCCACAGCAGCAGCCGCCGCCGCAGUCGCAGCAGCAGCAUCCAAUUUGUAGGCCUGGUUUGGAGUUCUGGUCCACCGAACGCGCCUCGUGCUGGCCGUGUACUCGAUGCGCCCCCGAGUUCACCUUAAGUCCAUGUGUGAUUCACAAGGACGCGAUAUGCGGCCCACUAUCAGCGCUCGAGCUCGACUGGUCCUUCUUGUCAUCGACGGGCAGGAAGAGACCCUCGAGAGCCGGUGAUGACAAUGGGACCGUCACCUCGAACGCGUUCCUGCGGUUCUCUGAGGAGAGGACGAAAGAACGACCCUUCGUGGAAACCGAUAAUCUCAUCAACCCCGGUCGUGAAGGCGACAAGGAGCCGGUCUCCGCUUCGCAGGAAUCGAAAACGGCGUAUGAUCCUCGGGAGAGGAGAAAAUCGGCCGUUGAAGACAAUCUACCGUGGGACUGGCAGACCGGUGCUCUGGUCCUUGCGGUAUGCGCCUGCAUAGUAUUCUUCCUGGUAGCAGGAUGCUCGGCUAUCGUCUACGCGAGGCAAUGGCGGCGGAUGAAGAGAAACUUCGAACCGGCGGGUCUCGAAGAAAUCUCAGCCAGAUUGAACCUGAUGGUGAAAGCGGAGCUGGCCGAGUUGGUCGCAGGAGCACCGAUGAAUCCAGGUGAUCCCGAAACCAGAUGUCAGUAUCUCGAGAAGCUUUUAGACCGGAAACGGGAGACUCCCGUGGUGGCGACGGCGGCGACGGCGACGACGGUUGCAACGGCGGCGGCUGGCUGGCCGGAGGCAGCAACCGGCAACUUGUACAUCGAAGAGGGGGGCACAACGACACCGAGAAGUAAACGAUCGCAAAUCGCACGGAUUCAACGUAACAUCGAGACCAUUCUCAGUCACAAGACGAAUCAGGGCGAUUGAUCUCGGAGAUCCCCAAUCCGGAAGAUCCCCUUAAACGAA